UGAGGCGACUUCACAGUAUGUUUCAAUACUUGAGCGACGACUAAUGAUGACGUCACAUGUUCAAAAUUUCUCAUUUAAACGUGGUAAUCCAAUAGAUUAUAAAAUAAUUUCACCUGAGUCUCAGAAAGUCCCCGUUCACGAGUGAUUCUCCACAUCGUCACGGCUGAGGACUGAGAAGGAAGUGAGUUUUCUUCCCACCGUGGACUCACAGGAAACAGAAAUAAAUCAGAUAAACAUCCAUUCAUAUUAUUCUGUAACAGAUGACAAAAUAAUUAACUCUGCUGGACAAAUAAAACAGAAUAAUUAGUCAUUUAUCACCAGGUAUGAAACAGUUGACAACAGUGAGGGAUCGAGUGGAGAUUAACACAGGAGGAGGAGGGGAUUAGAGGGGGGGAAGGGGGAGAAUUCUGCCCCGGGGCAUCUCUGUGGUCAGUUGUGAGGAAUUUGUAUCAACACUUGGAUGCAAAAUAUUUACAACUUCAAAUACAAACAAGGGCAGUGAUGCGAUUGGUCGGCACGGAUGGAGCGCGGCUCCGCAGGGCAGCGGCAGAGGAGGAGGAGAGGGAGCGACCGCCGCCUCCUCCUCCACCCUCACAUCACUCCAACCACCAGUUUGCGAGCAUGAAGAACAAGUUCUUCAACGAGCUGACACACCUGCCAAACCAUAAACUCAACAUGCCCAUGUGGGCAGUGGGCGCCAUCGUGGUGGUGGUCCUCGCUCUGGUGGGCUGCAUGUGUUUCUGCAUCUACAAGAAGUGCGUCAACAAAGGCAAUAAGCCCAAGAAGGUCCGGGAGAGGAAGGCCGGGCGAGGGCGCAGGAAGAAGGAGACGGAGGGAGAGGAAGGAGAGGAGAAGAAGGAAGGAGAAGAAGGAAAGGAGGAGGAGGAGAAGGAGUUCCUGGGUAAACUGGAGUACACACUGGACUACAGCUUCACUGACAACCAGCUGAUCGUGGGAAUCCUCCAGGCCCAGGACCUGGCAGCCAUGGACAUGGGCGGCACGUCCGACCCGUACGUCAAAGUCUACAUGCUGCCGGACAAGAAGAAGAAGUACGAGACCAAAAUCCAGCGGAAGAACCUGUGUCCGGUCUUCAACGAGACCUUCAUCUUUAAGAUCGCCUACACAGAUUUGGGAGGUCAGACUCUGGUGCUGCAGGUGUUUGACUUCGACCGCUUUGGGAAACACGACCUCAUCGGUGAAAUCAAGAUUCCCAUGAACACCAUCGACCUGGGACAGCCAAUCCAUGAGUGGAAAGACCUGAGUGGAGGAGAAAAGGAGGAGCAAGAGAAGCUGGGCGACAUCUGCAUCUCCCUGCGCUACGUUCCCACGGCGGGAAAACUGACAGUGAACAUCAUGGAGGCCAAGAACCUGAAGAAGAUGGACGUGGGAGGGCUGUCAGAUCCCUUCGUGAAGGUGGUGCUGCAGCACAACGGGAAACGCCUGAAGAAGAAGAAGACGUCGGUCAAACAGAACACUCUGAACCCGUACUUCAACGAGAGUUUCAGCUUCGAGAUUCCCUUCUCCCAGAUUCAGAAAGUCCAGCUGCUCAUCACCGUGUACGAUUACGACAAGCUCGGCAGCAACGACCCGAUCGGGAAGUGUUGGAUCGGCUACGGCGCCUCGGGCGUUGGCCUGCGCCACUGGUCAGACAUGCUGGCCAAUCCUAGACGUCCUGUGGCUCAGUGGCACACGCUGCAGCCCGAGGAGGAAGUGGACGCUGCACUGAAGGCCCCCAUUCGUUAAACAUGCGGAUCACACACACACACACACACACACACACACACACACACUCCGUAUCCUUACAUCUUAAUAUAUUUACAGGUUUUGUUCCAAAUCCAAAUGAACAAAUAAACAAAGUCAAAGGAAUUGUUUGAAGGAAAAAAACAAAGAGAGAAUUCUGGGUUCACAUUUUUACUGAGUCACAGUUCCAACACUUUACACCAGCAGGAGAACAGGAAGAAACUAAAACACAGCUAAAAAAAAAAUCACAAAAAGAUUAAAAUCUGUAAAAUAUUCAAAUCAUCAAACAUGAUGUGAUUGUUGUUUAAACACGAUGAGAAAAAUAAAAGACAGAAGAAGAAGAAAAAACAUACACCUGACCCCGAUUCUCUCGUUCCUCUGGCUCCCCCCUGUGGUAAUAAGUGCACACUUCAAGCUGACGACACGGUCAACACAGAGGCGGGAACAUUGAA